AUGAAUUUCAUGAGAACCGGAAGAAUUCAAUGUUUCGUCAAGCACGACAAACUCGUUGAAGGCGUCAACGAGCUGGUGCAGGACAUCUCCGAAGUCGAGUCGGUGGAUAACCUCCUCGAAUCGACAAAGCAGGGUCUGCACGAUGCCGCCGAGCAGGCGCAGCAUGCGGCGGACAGUCUGGUCGAGUCGGUGAAGCAGGGCAGCGAGGCUGCGUCCGCCAAGGCCCACGAGGUGUACGAUGCCGCCGGCGAAAAGAUCUCUGAGGCCUACGGCCACGCGCAGGAGAAGGAUUCUCUGAGCAAAGAAGCCGACGCCCAUCUGAAGACGACCACCGAAAAUUUGCAAGAGGAUUGGGAGAAGGCCAAGGAACAAGCCCACGAAUUUGUGAAGCCGGCCGAGGAGAAAGCUGAGGAUGUUGAGGAGACCAUCGAAAAGAAGGUGCACACCGAACUCCUCGCCGACCACGUGAAGGAACCCUCUCCAGUUCACGAGCCGUCCCAACUGGAGGAGACCGCCCACACCGCCCUUGACUAUACAGGAGAGAAGGGCGAACAGGUUCAUCACACCACGCUGUCGGUGGCCGACCACGUCGAAAACGUCAACACCGACGAGUUGGAGAAGCACAUCAGCGAGCCAGAAGAUCCGGUGGACGACACGGCAGUCAACGUUGCCGAGCCCGUGCACGAGGCGGCCCACGAUUUGGCGGACAAUCUUGGCCAAGUGGAGGGCAAUUUGCGGAACGUCGUCGAGGAGUUCAGCCAACGUGCCGAACAGGAGACGACCGCUGGAGCAGAAGCUGCCGACGGCUACUGGCAGGGGCUGAAGGAGAAGGCUCAGGAUUUGGCCAGCGAGGCCGAGGAGUCAAAAGACGAAGCGCUCUCGGCCGCCCAGGGAAAAUAUGAUGAGGCCAAGGAUAAGGUAGAUGAGCUGCUCACUUCUACCCAAGAAAAAGCGCACGAAGAAGCCGCCGUCGCUCAGGAGGCCGCCAAAUCAGCUGUUGAGGAGACGAAGGACGUAGCCCACGAGGUGGCCGAAUCGGCCAUGCAAUCUGCCAACGAAGCCGUCGAGACCGUGCAGGAAAAAGCCGAAAAUGUGUCGGAAGCUGCCCACGAGAAGGCUUCUCACGCUUGGGAGGCCACCAAAGAGACCGCCGAGAAAGCUCAGGAAAAAGCGGCCGACGUGGCCGACUCGGCAGCCGAGAAGGCUUCAAACGCCUGGGAGUCCACAAAGGAAUCCGCGGCUGUCGUGGCGGACAAAGCCGAUGAAGCCGCCCACAAGGCUGAGGAAAAGACAUCCGAAGCCGCGGCUACCGUAACCGAAAAGGCGGCCAACGCCUGGGAGGCCACCAAGGAUUCGGCGGCCGCUGUGGCUGAGAAGGCCAAGGAGAUGGCGACGUCAGCAGCGGAGAGCGUGUCCAACGCUGCCCAGGUGGCCGUCGACACCACCGUCGAGACAUCCAAGAAGGCUGCGGAAGCCGUCUCCUCGGCGGCGCACGUGACUGCCGAAAAGACCGGGCAGGCUGUGUCCUCGGCCGCUGCCGUAAUCCAGAACGUUGCCAACGAUACCGUCGCCUCCGCCGAGUCGGCCACCACUCGCCUCGAUAAGGAUAUCUCUGGCUCGCCGCCUCCUCCUGCGGUUUUGGAGGCGAAAAAAUCCGAGACUCCGGUUGCCGCAGCGCCGAAGAAGAAGUGCACGAUCCUG